AUGGGGUUAGGGUUUGUGACUCACAGGGAAUCCUUAUGGGUUAAAUGGGUUCACUCGUAUCGUAUCAGGGGUAGAAGUUUUUGGGAUGUGCCUAUUCGGAACAACAUUACGUGGGGUUGGCGUAAGAUUCUCCAAUUAAGGUCGAUCAUUCACCAACACAUCUGGAUUAAAUUGGGCAAUGGCGCUAAUACGCAAGUCUGGUUUGAUAAAUGGGAUGCCGUAUGUCCAUUGAGCCGAGUCAUCACUCCGAGAAUGAUAACAAAUGCGGGUCUUGAGAUGGGGGCUACGGUUGCGGAUAUGGUUCAUAACGGGGGGUGGGCUUGGCCGAACUCUUGGGUAGCUAGAGUUCCGGCUCUGCAACAGCUCGAUAAUGUCACGUUACUCCCACAAGUUCAAGAUAGAGCUGUUUGGCGGUCUAGAAGUGGUGAAGAUAUGGAGUAUAGCACUUUUGGGGUGUGGAAUGAUAUUCGUGAAAUCCAAGAACCGGUUGAUUGGGAUCGUAUAGUGUGGUAUCCACAGGCUAUUCCCCGGCAUUCGUUUCUUAUGUGGCUUAUCGUUUGCAAGAAACUUAAAACACAGGAUAUCAUGUGCAAUUGGCGGGCGUCGGGUAAUGCAAAUUAUAAUUUAUUGUGUUGCUCCUUAUGUACUUUGGGGCCGGACUCUCAUGAUCACCUAUUUUUUGAGUGUGAGUUUGCAUCUCAAGUAUGGUAUGGGGUUCGUGACAAAGUGGGCAUGCAAAUGAUCGGGAAGAGAUGGGACGAUAUCAUGGAUUACCUAAGGCAUCAUGCGGCUUCAAAACAUGCUUCUCACAUUAUUGGUAAACUAGUGGUGGCAGCAUCGGCUUAUUUUGUUUGGCAAGAACGUAACAACAGAUUGUUCUCGGCUAACAAAAGGAAUGCGGCUCAACUUAUCGAGGUGGUCCUGAUGACUGUUAGAAUGAAACUACAUACAAUGAAGUUUCGAAGGACAAAUAGUGUGAACCAAAUCUUAAGUGAGUGGAGUCUUCCUCGAGAGUUGCUGUUAGACCAAGAUGAUUUUGGCUGA